AUGCCUCUCCCGUCUCCGGAACCCCCACGCAGCGCCCGGCCGAGCAGACCGACUCCCCUCCGCCCCAUCCCCCUGCCUCUGCGAUUCCUGCUCAGCCCACCAACGAAGCGCACAGCAGCAGCAGCAGCUCCGUCGACGAUAGCCGCAACCUGCCAUCGGAGCCGGAGGGGGAGGACGAAAAUCGCAGCAACUGCAGCAAGUCAGACACCGUCGUGUCGCACUCAGACGAUGUGUCCUCUUCGUCGUCGUCGUCGCCGUCCGCGUCUCCCUGCUCGACGCCCGACUUGCCCUCUCGCGCCCCUUCGCACCUGCCCUCGCCGGGUCGAUGUGACGAUGCCGGCAACGGCCGCGAGGGCGGGACCAACGCACAGGCGCAUCAUCACCGCCGUGAUCACCACCGUCACCACGGUCGCCUGCACGCAGAGUCGAGUCCCCUCCACAGUAAAGGUGGUCCGAACGGAUUGCUGUCAGCUGCUGCGGCAGAAGAGGGCGAAGGAGAGGGCUACAUGGGCCGCAGCGAGGCGAGCGGCUCUCACCUGGCCGGUCGAGUGCAGACGUCGGAGAUGA